AUGACGACCAUAGCUGAGCCUGUAACUGCAACCGCAACUCCAAAUGAACCCAAUAAGAAAAACAGAAUUCAGGUUUCCAAUACUAAGAAACCACUUUUCUUUUACGUCAAUCUCGCCAAGAGAUACAUUCAACAGCACAAUGAAGUUGAGCUUUCUGCUCUUGGAAUGGCUAUAGCUACAGUUGUAACAAUCGCGGAGAUUUUGAAGAACAAUGGACUUGCCACUGAGAAAAAAGUAUUGACAUCAACAGUUGGCAUGAAGGAUGAGAGCAAAGGCCGGCUCGUCCAGAAGGCAAAGAUUGAAAUAGUGUUGGGUAAGUCUGAGAAGUUUGACAAUCUGAUGGCUCAUUCUGCCGCAACAACUAAAUCAGAAGCAGCUACUGAGGAUGACAAGAAAUGA